GUUGAUAUGAUCCUCUUUGAGAUCUGAAAUCCAGAAGGACCAGAACUGAUCUAACUUUGAUUAGAACACAACUUACUUGUUUAGGUCUAGGUGAAAUAUUUUUCUUGAUGAAAUCAUUGCUAUUUGGUCACCUGAACCUAUUAAUUUACACCAAAUGAAUUAAAUGACUUACAUCAUUGGAGGUUGAAAUUUAUUUUCCAUUAUAACUCUUUCCACUACUACUCCAUAUAACUUGUUUUUACCAAUAUGUAAGCAUUAUUUUUCUCUUCGCGAUACAGAAUUAUCAGAAAACACCACCCAAUGGCCUAACCUCAUACUUUAACUGUCACAUUCCACCAACUUCAUGUCCUCUCAAACACUUGGAAAUUAUUUUAUUGUAAAGCAGAUUCGUACAACAAAAUUCGGCUGAGGUCCUUUUUAAUGUAAUUUAAGUUUUGGAAAAUCAUUGAUCUAGAUUAGUUCUCUUUUUCAAGUCAAUACAUAGCUUGCAGCAUUCAUGUGUUAACAUAUUAGAUAUUUAUAGAACUAAAAAGAACAUAUUAGAUAUGUAUAAAGUGAUUCUCUAGCGCAACCCCAGUCUAGAACGUCUUUUGCAUGUCAAGUACUACUUGGAUAAACUCAAUUUAGAUUAUGCUUUUGAAAUCGGAAAAGGGCCCAAACUACCCUUGAAGUAUCGGAUUUGGUACAAAAAUGCCCUCCGUCCACCUAUAUGAAUAAAAAUGUCCCUAACGUUUUCUUUUUGGCUCAAGUUUGACCUUAAAACUAACAGUCCCUGAAAAUAAAAUAAUUGAAUAUUUAUUUAUUACGUGGCGUAAAAUGAUUGGCCCAAAAUUAAGCCCUUCCCAUUUUCUUUUUAAAAAACCCACCCAUAACUUGAUUUUGACCCACCCGCCUAAGAAAGGGCUAAACAGUUAAACUUGUCUUGCGCUAUUCUUGUCUCCCUUUCUCUGAAGAAGAUGAACAUGAAGUGAUGCAACAAAUUUUACUUCAAUUUUAAUCCAAAAUAACUCUUUUACUUCAAUUUUGCGGACUUAUGCAACAAAUUCUUCAAACAAGAAGUGAUGUGUUAUGCCCCUAGCCUCUAUUGUGGUUGUUAAUUGAAGAAGAUUUUUCUAUGUAAGAAAGCUUCAAUGAGAGUCAAAAAUUCAAUGCAGUGAGUCUUAAUAAUGUCUUAUAUGUGAUGAUUGUUUUGCCGGUAUGGGCUAUCUGUAUGACUGGAACUAUUAAUAAUGGAGAUUUUUUAACCCUUGAAGAGGAGAAUCCAUUGUUCUUCUUUGCCGAUUCUACUUUUCUCUGAUUCUUCUGAUUCCAAUAAGAAUUAAUUUGGGAAGAUAAUGCAUGUAAUUGUGUGUGUCGGUGACAUAACGGGAGAGCGAAGACAAGCAAAAUUGAAAGAAAAAUACAAAAUAGGAGGUUCUGCCGGUAAUAUCGCCGGAGCCGAAGGUGGCGGCUGAAAUUUACGCAGAAGACGAGUUUGUUAAAAAAAAAUUGGGGCGGGUCAUUAAUGGGGCAGGUGGGUUUGUGUAUCUGGGAUGGGGUUUAAGUUAGGCCAUUAAAGUGCUAACAUGUGGAUAAUAAAUAAACUUUUUUUUAUUUAAAAGAAAGAGCCGUCAGAAAUAGGGGUAAGGUUGAGCCUGAAAAAUAACGACAGGGGUAUUUUUAUUCAAAUAGAUGGACGGAGGACAUUUUUGUACCAAAUCCGAUACUUUAAGGACAGUUUUGACCCUUUUCCGUUUUGAAAUCAAGGCUGAUCUCAAAGAAAAAUGACUUUUAUGUCAAACUAAAUUUUGGUAAAUGAUCAACCUAAAUCCUACUAAAGCAGAUUAAGUUCCCAAAAACCACAUCAGAGCUGAUGGUAGGAUGGCCUACCACUAUGGCUGAGCUUUUUUUGCUGAUUAGUGUUUGCAUUAUAAGUGCUGCUAUCUUGCAACUGAUGCGAGUCAUGUGACUGUUUAGCAUCAAAGUAAGACACGUCGAGUUAUAUCAUACCCUUUCUUCUAUAAGUCAGUUUAGGAGGUAUACCUUAAUGUCAUCGAAUGCCAGGGGACCCUCUCAGCCAGCCUGUUCGUGUGUAUGGAUGUACUAUUGUAUGUUCUUAAUUAGAUUUUUUUCGUCGAAUGACUAAGAGUUUUCCUAUCUUUUAUCGCAUUUUCUAUGUAAGCUUGAUGCUUUGGAAUGCCUUGCAUCUUCUGUGAGCAUCAUUGGUGGUUCAACUGGAGGAAGUGUGCCUGAUAAUGUGGACUCUGGAUACCAGCAUGAAAUGCUGAGUGCAAUGCUUAAUGAAACUUCAUCAAACUGGCUAUCAUUGGAUGUGGCUUUACGGAUAGAAUCACACAUGAGAUCAGACUUGUCUAUGCAAUACUUGUCAAAGAUGUUAAGGAGACAUCCAAGCUGGGUAAACCAUGAUAUGACUUGUCUUCAGGGACACAUGGAUACUUUAUCAGAGAAUGAAGAAUACAAGCUUUCAGUUGGAGCUUUUCAAGAUGAAUUGAUGACGACAAUUGCAUCCUUUCAACUGAAGUUCUCCUUAAUUCCUCUACAUCUUAUGUACUUGAUUUUUUUGUCAUUUUGCAACUGUGGUUUGGCGUAUACAGGAUGCUACUUGUUGCAAGACUACAUAAAUAAAUAUCUGUCGAUGGAGCAAGGCCAUGAACUUGAGGGUUGCUCAUUGUAUGCUUUCCUUCCCAAGCUAUUUCUUGAACUAUCUGGAGAAUUAUUUUAUAUUUCUGCAAAAUACAUCAUUAUGUGUAGCAUGGACUGUUUCUGUUUGAAGUCAUUCGCCCUUAGGAGUAAUGGAGCUGAUGAAAAUAUUUAUCACGCCGUUUUAGAGCUGUAUAAAAGGAGGUUGUCUUGGUCAUUAUGGUGUCUUAGAGCCACGAUGCAGUUUUCUUCAGUUUCUUCUGCAGAAAAUUUUGUGGGGACACAUUUCACUGUCCUUGAUUUAUCAGAGUAUUUGUUACUGUUUGCAUCUGCUUUGGUACAAAGAAAUUACAGUGUUCUUCUCCGGAUUGUGAAGCCUCUCUUGAUGGCAAGAACUUCAGACGAGACAGGCAUAAAGGAUAUACAAAAACUGCUUUGUGAGACUCGAGAAAUGGUGGCUCAUGAUUUACCUAUUCAUGAUGCUGGAUCUUCUGUUCGGAACAAGAAUCAAAUGUCACAGGCACAAUUUGGGGAUGUUAUGUUGUCUGUUCCGGAAGAGAGAUGGCAUGUCAUGGUUGCUUCUUUUUGGGGAUAUGUAUCUAGUUUUUUAAAACACAAGCUAAAUGUGCUAUCUCGGAAACAUGAGGAAAGCGGUUUGUUUCUACCUCCAGGCAGACAUUCCAGUGUAUCCACUUCAUUAAAUUGUGUAAAUGGCAGCGAUGUCUCAACCCACAACGGGAUGGUUCCAGAACUUCUGGCGAAGUUAAUAAAGAUCAUAUGUACUCACAUCUCUUCUUACUGUGUGAAUCAGUUUGCAUCCGUCCUGCUGGAGAGGGAUCCAGGUGCAACUGCUCUUUUCUGGUCUGAAGAUUAUCCGUCCCAACAUAAAGCGCCAGAUGCUAAACUUUGUCAUAGAAAUAACGAUCUGGAUAAGUUGACUGGUGAAGAUGAAUUAUCAGCAUUUGAGGCAUUAUGGGAUAUUUGUUCUGAGCUUAAGAAAGCUAAUCAGGGAUUUGUGCUUCAAGACCAGAAAUUUUUACAGCAUACUUUGCUAAAGUCCUUCAAAGGAUGGAAUGAAAUGUACCCCAGCAUUGUAAGAGAGUGUGAAGUUGAGGAAACUUAUGACAGAGAAGAUAGGUUUGGUAGUCCAAGAAGUGCAGCUGGAUCUCCUCUUGCUUGUUUGUCACCAAAUAAUCAUCCUUUCCAAAGUUCUGGGGGAAAAGAUACGAACCAUACAAAGAAGGUUUUGCCUUUUCGUAGUCCGAUAGAGAUAUAUAAGAGAAGUGGAGAACUUUUGGAGACUUUGUGCAUCAACUCCAUUGAUCAACAUGAAGCUGCUCUUGCUAGCAAUCGGAAGGGCUUAUUAUUCUUCAAUUGGGAAGAUGGACUUCCUUGUGCGAACAGAUCUGAUAAUGUCUGGGCAGAAGCUGAUUGGCCACAUAAUGGAUGGGCGGGAUUCGAAUCUACACCAAUUCCUACUUGCGUCUCUCCUGGAGUGGGUCUGGGGAGUAAAAAGGGCACACACCUCGGGUUAGGUGGAGCAACUGUUGGCGCAGGGUUUCUGGCAAGACCUACAUUUGGGCUUCCAGGUUAUGCCAAUACGGCUGGAUCCAGUCUCGGCUGGGGAGUUCAAGAGGAUUUUGAUGAAUUUCUUGACCCUCCUGCCACAGUAGAAAAUGUUAGGACAAGGGCAUUCUCAACUCACCCUUCAAGGCCUUUUUUCUUGGUUGGCUCGAGCAAUACACACAUAUAUUUAUGGGAGUUUGGCAAAGAUAGAGCUACCGCGACAUAUGGAGUACUUCCUGCUGCAAAUGUCCCUCCACCAUAUGCUCUUGCUUCUGUAUCUGCCGUGAAGUUUGAUCAUUGUGGUCACAGAUUUGUGUCUGCUGCUUCAGAUGGUACUGUGUGUACGUGGCAGCUUGAAGUUGGAGGCAGGAGUAACGUUCGGCCAACAGAAUCCUCUCUUUGCUUUAAUAAUUAUACAUCGGAUGUCACAUAUGUUACGUCAAGUGGUUCAAUCAUAGCUGCCGCAGGGUAUAGCUCCAGUGGUGUUAACGUUGUCAUAUGGGACACACUUGCUCCACCAGCAACAUCUCGGGCCUCCAUAAUGUGUCACGAAGGAGGUGCGCGCUCUCUUGCAGUGUUUGAUAAUGAUAUAGGAAGUGGUUCUGUUUCCCCUCUCAUUGUGACGGGUGGGAAAGGUGGUGAUGUUGGACUUCAUGAUUUCCGGUACAUAGCUACUGGAAAGACAAAAAGGCAGAAGCAUACAGAAAUUGGUGAUCAUGGUGUCAACUCCAUGGUUGACAUGCAGAAGAAAACCGGUGAUCAGAAUCGUAAUGGGAUGCUCUGGUAUAUUCCGAAGGCUCACACAGGGAGUGUUACCAAAAUAUCUACCAUACCACAUACCAGCUUUUUCUUGACGGGAAGUAAAGAUGGAGAUGUAAAACUUUGGGAUGCCAAAAAUGCGAAACUAGUAUUUCAUUGGCCAAAAUUGCAUGAAAGACACACCUUCUUGCAGCCAAGCUCCCGUGGUUUUGGUGGUGUGGUACAGGCAGCUGUUACAGAUAUUCAAAUUGUUUCUCAUGGUUUUCUUACAUGUGGUGGAGAUGGUGCCGUAAAACUUGUGAUGCUCAAUGAUCUCUUAAGGCCGUGAACAAGUCAUGGGUUAAUGGCAGAGCAAAGAACUAUUUGUUGCAUGAAUUGUUGUCUGCAGUGGUUUCUCCUUUGAUUUUUCUUUGAGAUCCACUUAUAUAAGCUCUAAAGUUGGUAACUUGACUUGAUGAUGAAAGGAUAGCCUAGUGAUAAAGACCCUGCACCUCCAACCAUAAGUUGGCAGUGUGAGUCUCCAAGGGAAUAAAGCGAAAAAGGGCCAUUAUUGGGAUCCUGGAUAGGGAGUUCUCUGGGGUUGGGGUGUGGGGGGAGGGGUUACAUUUUGGGAAAAAGGUUAUACAAAAGAAAAAAGUUGGUACUUGACUUGUACCCAGGAAUUCUUAUCGGUGAAGUACCAGCUUAUUGUGGUCUAAACUUUCCGUGCUGCUGUUCUCAUGCGAGUAUUAGUAUGCAGGAAAAGACUAUUUUGCAGGGGCCUAUAGCGCGAACACCCGACUUACUACCAAAGGUAAGUUCAACUAGAUAGCAUCGCAGGAUAGAGUGCUCAGUCUUUCAGUCUUGUUAAUUAUGUAGGCUGUUUUUUUUACCUCUUCAACUGAUGUGUGUAUAUAUAGAGAAUUCUGUCGCUUAUAUAUCAGUCAAGGUUUUUGUAAAUUGCCAAAAUAGCAAUAGGGAUUCAUUUUUUCCAAUUCUUUUUCCCCCUCCUUUUAUAUUGUCUGUAAACGUUGUCAAAUUGCUAAAUUGUGAGGAUUGGCGUAAUAUUGUGUUCCUUAUAUGGCAGAUUUGGUAUUUCCCUCA